GCUGAGGAGAGCAGGCACUCCCACCCCCUGAACCCGCCCGAGCUCAGAUGCUCGGAUUAUCCGCAAUCGGCUGGCGACGCCUGCGGGGCGGGGCCUGCUGCCGGUGGGGCGGACCGGGCCGUUUUCUGUCCGGGCCGGGCGGCGGCGCCGUAUUUCGGCAUCUCGGAGGGAGCGCGGUGUGCGGCUCCCGGCCCCAGGGUUAUGCGCUGAGGUGAUGGUCCUGCCGGCUGGCGCCAGGCUCCUCCCGCGCUCGGGAGGGAACCCGUACCUCAGCCUCCUUCUCCUGCUGCUGUUGUGCCCCGGCGGUGGGUGCCUGCCUCGCCGCCGGCCCGCGGGGCCGCCCGUGGUGCUGGUUCCGGGAGACUUGGGCAAUCAGUUGGAAGCAAAGUUAGAUAAACCAUCAGUAGUGCACUAUCUUUGCUCUAAGAAGACAGACAGUUAUUUUACACUCUGGCUGAAUUUAGAAUUGCUUCUUCCUGUCAUAAUUGACUGCUGGAUUGAUAACAUCAGGCUGGUAUACAAUCGAACAAGUAAGAUUACAGAACCACCAGAUGGGGUGGAUAUCAGAGUCCCAGGUUUUGGGCAGACAUUUUCUUUGGAGUUCCUUGACCCAAGUAAAAGAAGUGUUGGCAGUUACUUUUAUAUGCUGGUCCAGAGUUUAGUAGACUGGGGCUAUAAACGUGAUGAAGAUGUAAGAGGAGCACCUUAUGACUGGCGAAAGGCACCAAAUGAGAACAGAGACUAUUUUGUGGCUCUUCGUAAGAUGAUAGAGUUAAUGUAUGAGCAGUAUGGAAGUCCGGUUGUCUUAAUUGCCCACAGUAUGGGUAACAUGUACACCCUCUACUUCCUCAACAAUCAGACUCAAGAUUGGAAAGACAAGUACAUAAAGGAUUAUGUGUCAUUAGGCGCUCCAUGGGGAGGAGUGGCUAAGACUCUCCGUGUGCUGGCUUCAGGUGACAACAACAGAAUACCUGUUAUUAGUUCACUCAAGAUCAGAGACCAGCAGAGAUCAGCGGUUUCCACUAAUUGGAUGCUCCCAUACAACUACACAUGGCCUCCAGAUAAGGUCUUUGUAAGAACACCUACAGCUAAUUACACUCUUAGAGAUUACCAGAAAUUCUACAGGGACAUCAAUUUUGAAGAUGGCUGGCUCAUGAGACAAGACACUGAACCCUUGGUCUACCGGAUGACACCACCUGGUGUGCGCAUACACUGUCUUUAUGGCACUGGGGUGGAAACACCCGAUUCCUUCCAUUAUGAAAGCUUUCCAGACAAAGAACCCAAGAUCUUUUACAGCGAUGGGGAUGGUACAGUAAACUUACAGAGUGCCUUGCAAUGUCAAAAGUGGGUGAACAUGCAAAAACAGAAAGUGGUGGUAUUUGAGCUUUCAGGAAAUGAGCAUAUUCAAAUGCUAUCCAAUGAUACUACUAUCUCCUAUGUGAAAAAGCUGCUUUUUGAUUUGUGACACCUUGUGUUAUUUUCCUCACCUGUGAUGCCUUCCCUUAAAUAUGGGGAAAAUGCCUUUUAAUCUCUUGGUAUUUAGAUAUUUGAAUUAUUUAUUUUGUGGGGAUUUUUUUAAGGCUGUGUUUGAGAAGUUGUUUGGUGUCCUAAAUGAUUGUUUGUCUCUAAUUUGUGCUUAUGGCGCUUCAUGGUAUUUUCACGUUCUGCAGAUUUGGUCAAAUAAGCAUUUUGGUGCCUCU